UUUUGAAAUAUGUUUUAAUCAGGAAGAAAUCAAAUUUUAAUUACUUAUUAUAAUGCAACGGAUGUUAAAGAUCCUUCUACAUAUAUUGAAUGGGGAAUGGUAAUUGAUUAUGAUGGUAAUGUAUCAAGUCGAACACCUAUCGGAUUACCAUUUAUUAACAAUGCUUUGCAAAUAGUUGUACCAAGUGAUCAAUUUGUAGUUAAUAUUAAUAGAGAAAAAGGAUUUAUGAGAUAUGCUAUAAAUCAAAAUAACAAUAUAGAUUGGAAACAAUUUAGAAUUGAACCUGAUGGAGCAAUUAUAGGGUUAACUUCUGGAGAACUUGUUCUUGAUGUACUAGAUAAAGUAGAAUCAGCUAUAGUUAUACGUACAGUUGAUGAAGGUUACGCUAUUGUUUUCACAAAUAGUACAGUUACUUUAAAUGCAACUAAUCCAUUAUUACCAAAAGGUCAAUUAUACAUUUCACCUAUUGGGUAUAAUCAAAAUCCUAGUCCCUCUUCAUUAAUUUAUCAAACUACUGCUCCAAAUUUAGCUUUUACUGCUUUGUUUUGCGAUAUAACAUUUGUUGAAGUUGGCAAUGUUUGUAUUUUAACUAUUUUACAAACAGAUCCUACUGGAACUUUGCCAUCUGAAUCUUUUUAUAUUAAAAUUAAAUUCUUAUCUUCUGGUUCUGUUUUAUCUUUUCAAUCUCAAGUUGCUAAUAGUUUAACUUUACCUGUCGGAAAUGCAAAUAUGGAUUGGGUUGUAAAUAGUUUAGCAUUUGGUGGUUACCUUUUAACAAAUACUGCUCCUACUGGUCCAAAUCAAUUUUCUAUUUAUGGAUAUUUAAUUGAUGAACAUAAUUCUGCUCCUAUUCCUUGGGAAUUUCUCGAACCUGAACCUAUAGGAAUAAAAGGUGUAUAUCAAAUAUUACGUAAUAAUACUCUUUUAGUUUCUCAAUUGGAAACAGAUAAUUCUUGGCGAUUUCAAGUAAUUGAUUUACCAAAAUUUGAUGGAAAUAAGGAUAAAGGUUAUUUUAAUUUCAAUGUGGAAUCAACUUAUCCCGCCAUUAAUUCUACAAUAAGUCCGGAUAUACAAAAUAUUACAAUUAAUUUUUAUGAUCCAGUAGAAUUAUCUGAUGGUAAAUUAACUAUUUAUCAAUUAAUUGAUAAUCAACCUAAUUUACGUCAAUACAUUACUGAAUCAUCAUGUACGGUAAAUAAUAAUGGUAAAACCGUUAAUGCAAAAAUAUUAGAUAGUACUUUUAGUGUAUCUGGUGGAAUUUAUUAUAUUAAGAUGGAUAAUAAUUUUGUUAGAGAUAAGACAUAUAAAGAAUCUCUAUUGGGUAUAAGAGAUAAUAUUUGGAGUUUUAAUGUAAAACAAAAAGAAGUUCCUUUUGCUCUUUCAAUGAAUGGUUUAUUACGUUUGACUCCCGAUGGUACAAAAUAUUUUGAUAGUUUACCUCAGGAACAACAAUCCAAUUUCUUUAAUAUUUUAUUAGAUGAUUUAUCUAAUGCUAUUCCUGUAUCUCGUUCAUGUCUUACUAGUAAUGAAAAAACUCAAUUAGAUCCUAGUGUAAAUGAAAACCAGUAUUUAAUUUCUAUUGGUGUUGAAGAAACUAGAGUUAAUAAUGAUAUAAGUGUUGAGACCGUUGUUAAUAAUAUUAAUACUAUGGUUAAAAGUAAAGAUCUAACUCUAAUUAAUAAUGGUCAGGCAUCUAAGUACUUGGACCAAUCAUAUGGUUUCAUUCCUACACUGAAUUUAUGGGAAAAAUAUAAGUACAAUUUAUUAGGCAUAUUAUUAAUUAUUGGACUUUUGAUUGUUUUAUUCUUUUUUGCUCGAAGUAGGAAUAGUAAUGGUAAUAAUAUUGCUAUUUUACAACUUGGUUUAAUUAUUUUUGAUUUGGUUAUUGAUAUUACUUUUGUAAAUAAUAAUGCUAAAGACAUUCCUGUUCUUUAUUUUCCAAGGUAUGAUAAUUUUGUAAUUUUCAUUUACUCUUUAUUCAUUAAUUUAUGUAAUUGUAUAAUUACUGAUUUUAUUUGUUUCCUUUUUUUUCUUUUUUUUAAAAAAGUAUUGUAUUUGUAACAGUACCAAUAGGAAUAAAUACCAUAUUAGCUUUUUAUCUUAUA